AUGAAAAGUAUCAACUUUUGCAAAGCACCAAAAUAUGAAGAUCUUACAAAAUGGCCAUUUCCAAAUUCCAAACUUUUGUACAACACAUUUCCAAUAGACCCUGAAGAAAGAAAUUUUGUAAGGAGAGUAUCAGGGGCAAUAUUUUCAAAAGUCAACCCAGAACCUCUUAAGACACCUGUCAAACUAGUUGCAUUUUCAGCUGAUGUUUUGAACUCAAUUCUGGACUUAAACUCAAAUGUAACAACAGAAAAAUCGUUUACUGACUUAGUGGCAGGGUCUUUGAUAGUAAAAGGGUCAGUGCCAUUGUCCCAUCGUUAUGGGGGGCAUCAGUUUGGAUACUGGGCCGAGCAGCUGGGGGAUGGACGAGCGGUGAUGUUGGGAGAGUAUGUUAAUACCAAGGGACAGAGAUGGGAGUUACAGCUGAAAGGAUCUGGUAAAACUCCCUAUUCUAGAAGAGGGGAUGGUAGAGCUGUUUUACGUUCAUCCAUUCGAGAAUUUCUCUGCAGUGAAGCCAUGUAUUAUCUAGGAAUCCCAACAAGUCGAGCGGCAGGAAUAGUUGUCAGUCAGGAUGAAGUCGUAAGAGAUCAGUUUUAUGAUGGACAUCCUCAAAUUGAGCAAGCAGCAGUGGUACUUCGUUUAGCGCCAUCUUGGUUCCGAUUUGGAUCUCUGGAAAUUUUAGAAAAAUCUGGUGAAAUGGAUCUUUUGAAAAAAUUGGUUGAUUUCAUAAUCCAGGAACAUUUUCACUCAAUUGUCUCACAAAGUGAUGAAAAAUACACAGAAUUUUUUUGGAAUGUUGUGACUGAAACAGCAAGUUUAGUGGCGCAGUGGCAAAGUGUUGGUUUCGCUCAUGGUGUUUGUAAUACUGAUAAUUUCAGCUUGUUGUCAAUAACGAUCGAUUACGGCCCGUUUGGAUUUCUGGAAGAGUAUAAACCUAGUUUUGUGCCAAACACCUCAGAUGACGAAGGGAGAUACUGCUACGAAAAACAACCAGAUGUAGCCAUUUUUAAUUUAGAAAAAUUACAAACAGCCUUGAGACCGCUAUUGAAGGAAGAAAAACAGAAUUCUUUAAGUGAAAUAAUGAAACAGUUUUCUGUCAUUUAUAAGAUUAAAUUUAUGGAGAUUUUUAGACGGAAAUUAGGGCUUCAGAAAAAUCUUGGUGAAGAAGAUGAACAGUUGGUUGCCAUGUUUUUAAAAAUGAUGGAAGACAAAAAAUCAGAUUUUACUAUAACUUUCCGAAAUUUGGGAGAAAUUACUUUAGCAGCGUUAACUCGUAAUAAAAUUCCCAAAAAAUUUUGGAGUUUGAAAAAAUUGCAAAAACAUAAGUGGUUUGAAAACUGGAUUAAAACUUAUGUUGAAAGAUUUGCUUUUGAAGAAAUCUCAGAUUUUCAAAGACGAAAAAUUAUGAGUGAAACGAAUCCAAAAUAUAUUUUAAGAAAUUGGAUGGCACAGCAGGCUAUAGAAGGAGCUGAAAAUGGAGAUUUCUCAGAAGUGAAAAAAUUGCUAAGAGUUUUAUCUCGGCCAUUUGUGACUCAGUUGGAAGCUGAGUUAUCACAUUAUUCAUCUAAACCUCCAUCUUGGUCUAAAACAUUACAAGUGAGCUGUUCAUCUUGA